AAGUUUGUUAUCAUGGGUGACGUGUAGGCAUUACUAAUCUACUAUUGAUGUGCUUGUCGAUAGCUUAUAAGAGUAAGCAGGAUGCAUACACAUACAGUGGGGUGUGCUUGUAGGUUUGAGGGAAGAAAAUAGAGGGAAAAGGAAUGGCUGCUACCAUCCCCUCCACCUUCCUCUCUGCUUCUCUACUUCUCCUCUGCCUUCUCUCUGCCUCGAGGAAGGGCUGUGUCGCCUUUGAGCAACAAGAAUUAGCAGCUGAGACCCACCACCAUACUCUCCUCGUCAGCUCUCUUCUUCCUUCAUCUGUCUGCAAUUCUUCCAAAGCUAAAUAUAGCCAUAAUCCCUGCUUCAUGACCGCGGAUUGGCCUUUUGGGGAUUGUUUCUACAGGCAAAAGGUCCUCCUCCAUGACCAAGCUCGGGUCAACUCAAUUCACUCAAGAUUCGCCAACACGGUUAACAACGUGAAAGAGAAAGCUGCCACCAGCAUUCCGGCCAUGUCCGGAAGUGUUAUCGGAUCGGCAAGUUACAUCGUCACGGUGGGUCUCGGCACCCCAAAAAAAGACCUUUCCCUAGUAUUCGACACUGGAAGUGACCUCACCUGGACUCAAUGCCAACCUUGCGUAGGAUAUUGUUAUCAGCAGAAAGAACCCAUAUUCGAUCCUACUCAGUCUAAAUCAUAUCUCAACAUUUCUUGUUCUUCCUCGAUUUGUGGUUCUCUGUAUUCUGCAACAGGCGGGAAUCGACCGGGUUGUUCGUCUUCAACCUGUGUCUAUAAAAUAGGAUACGGUGACAAGUCUUUCUCAGUCGGGUUCUUCGGCACAGAACGGCUGACCUUGACAUCGGCAGACAUUUUCGACAAUUUCCUAUUCGGAUGUGGCGAAAACAACCAGGGGCUUUUUAGAGGCGCCGCCGGAUUACUUGGGCUGGGCCGUAAUGAACUAUCCUUGCCAUCACAGAUAGCCCAGAAAUACAACAAGGUUUUCUCCUAUUGCUUGCCAUCCUCCGCCCGCUCCACCGGUUACCUCUCCUUCGGCAACAGUGGCUUUUCGAAUUCCGUAAAAUUCACUCCUUUAGUCACUCUCUCCGGGGGUCCAUCAUUCUACGGCCUCGGUAUCACCGAAAUUAGCGUCGAUGGGAAGAGAUUGUCUAUCUCCUCGUCGGUGUUCACGACGGCUGGCACAAUCAUCGACUCCGGAACCGACAUCACCCGCCUCCCACCCACGGCGUACUCCGCUCUAAGAACCGCUUUCCGUCAAGGAAUGUCCAAGUACCCAAUGGGGAAGCAAAUACAAAUCCUCGACACGUGUUACGACCUUAGCAGUUACAAUUCCGUCAGCAUACCCAAUAUAAGCAUUUCCUUCAGUGGCGGGGUUGAGGUGGAGAUAGCCCCAGCCGGAAUCUUGUACGUCAUUAGCCCGUCACAAGUGUGCCUGGCAUUCGCCGGAAACAAUGAUGACUCCGAAGUGGGUAUUUUAGGAAACGUGCAACAGAGAACAUUGCAAGUGGUGUACGAUGGCGCCAAUGGACGGUUGGGGUUCGCCGCCGACGGAUGUAGCUGAGGAAAUUCCGACAAACGAAGAGAAUCUUCGAGUUAAUGCCCUUGAGUCUUGAUAAUAGUAACAAAAAAUUGCUUUGGAUUAAAGUUUGAUGUUUAUGAAUAAGAUCUGCUUGGUUUCUUUCUUGCAAGUUUGUGCUGUUUUUAUUUUAAAAUAAUAAUUAUUUUUUUACUUU